UUCGCCGAAUUUAAACGCCAGAAAGCUUACAAAUGCAGCCAAAAGUUGCAUACUUUAAUUUGCUUUGCUUCUUUACUCCCCCAUUUGCUUCCAAACAAAGGAAAAAUCACUCUCAUCUGAGAAUCCAAACCUCCUCCUAAUUUAAGUGGUGGGUCAGCUACUAUGGCUUCGUCUCUGUUACUAGCGGUGGUGUUUGUGCUUGAUCUGGUUGCUUUUGCUCUCGCUGUUGCUGCAGAGCAGAGAAGGAAUACUGCCUCGUUAAAUAAAGACAGUGCAGGUAGAAACUACUGUCAAUAUGACUCAGACAUUGCAACCGGCCUAGGUGUGGGGUCCUUGUUUAUCCUAGUUGCCAGUCAGGUGAUCAUUAUGGUUGUAACUAGAUGCCUGUGCUGUGGGAGAGCUAUGAGACCCAGUGGAUCAAGAUCAUGGUCAAUUUGCUUGUUCAUCACUAGCUGGGUGACAUUUAUCAUUGCUGCUUCGUGCCUUCUAGCGGGUUCUGUGAGGAACGCGUACCACACCAAGUACCGUGAUCUCAUGGGAGAGAGAGCACCUUCAUGCCAGACCUUGAGGAAGGGAGUGUUUGGAGCUGGAGCUGCCUUCAUUGUUCUCACAGGCAUAACCUCAGAGCUCUAUUAUGUUAGUUUUUCAAAAGCUAAUAAUAAUGGUCCCCCUCCCUAUGCUAGGGACACUGGUGUGAGGAUGGCCAAUUUUUAGUAGUAGUGUGGGGAAAUUAAUUAAUUGUUUGUAAUGUUAAGUUGGAUGUGAAAGCCUACUUGUAAAUUAUUAUGAACCUUAUUUCCUUCCUUUUGACUCUUCAAUGAUCAAUCAUGUCACAAUAGGUGCUGCCUCACGCAGCGGGUUACACUUGUGUACCCCUAUAUAUCCUAUAAGGUAACUUUUCAAAAUAAAAUGUGAAGUAAAUAUCUGUUAAUAAUAUUUGUAAUGUUUAAUGUUAA